GGCGCUGCCCGCCGCCGCCUCGACCGGCCUCGCCGCCGGCACCUGCCACGGCUGCGGGGACCCGCGCAUCGGCCCCUGCGCCGCGGUGGCUGCGGAGCUCCCCGGCCCCCGGCGCGGAGCCCACGCGAUGAGCCCCGGAGCGUGCGCGCUGCCCCGCCGGCGGCGGCCCCAGGGGAGCCUAGAGGGCCGGAGCACCGGGACAGUGGCUGUGCCUGGGGGAGCACGGCGAGUCUGGCAAGCCCGACAUUGUCCCUCUCCCGCGGCAGCAGUCGCGCGGCGGUUCCCUGGGAGUCCGCGGUGGAGAGCGGUAGCUACCCGCGCAACGGUAGUGGAGUAACGCUGUGUUAGGCACGAAAGUUGAAGACGUUAAUUCGAAUGAGAAUCGUGGUUUGCAGGAAAAUGUGCUUCUUUAGGCAGAAAAGCUAAUGAGCCCACAGCUUUUACCGGGGACCUUCACCUCCUGCGCUGCCGCCGGAGCCCGCGGCCACGGCACUCGCUACUGUCCCACGCUGGGAAGGAGAAAGGGAGGGAGUGAUUCACUGCAGAGACCUCUUCAACUGAGCUGGCUUCUUAAGAGAGAGCUUAAAUUGUGCUACUUUAAAUUUAAAAUAAAGGCUGCCUCCUGAUAUUUGGUUUAAUUACCCUUUUACUUCACAGGAUAGUCUCACGAGAUAAAACUCAAUUUCAAAAGCGCCCUGAGGGAACAAUCUAAAACUUCAGAGCGGUCUUGCAAUAAGUGUCAAAUACUGUUUCUUAACGGGCAAAUUCGAACAGCUUGGGAGGAACGAGCUUCAGAGAACAGAGAGCACAACUGAGCAGGCACUUUUCUACUGCACUUGUCUGGAGAGGCUUGUAAGAAACUACACUUCCUAACAGUCCUCUUCCAGUUGUUAAAUUAAAGCAUCUCAAAUGGAGAUCCUGGAUAUUCGUGCUCUGGAAAUAAAAGUACCAACUGUGUGAGCAAUGCUAAAUAUUCCAUGCAACCUCAUUUGGCUAUUUUAAACACAAAAUUGCACGGAUCAAAGUAGAACUCUCCUGUGAAUUCCUCACCUCAAGGGCCUGCGUUCAACAGAACCGAUCCCAGUUUCCAGCCAGUUGUGUGUACCACUGAGGGAAAAUGAACAUACUGAACAGCCACCACAUUUUGUACUUUCUGCCUACCACACGCCUUGUCAUCUUAUUAGCAGCUUUGACAACUGCUGAGGAUGUGACUAACAGCACUUUGAACCGCACUGGCAUGAACACAGGGUCUGUGCCUGUGGUGAUCUCCCACAUUGACCAUAUUAUAGUCAAAGAGGGGAGUAGUGCCUUGAUCGACUGCAAUGUCCAGGGUAGUCCUAGUCCACAUUACAGAUGGUACAAUUCCAAUGGUCACCUGCUCCAAGAGGAAGAGAAUAAAGGAAAGUGGUGGUUUCUUGACAACGGGCUACUAAACAUUACCAGCGUGUCUUUUGAAGACAGAGGUAAAUACACGUGUGUCGCAUCUAAUCCGUACGGCAGUGUUAACAAUACCGUAACACUGAGGGUUGUUUUUACCUCCGGAGAUAUGGGAAUCUAUUACAUGAUUGUCUGCCUUGUAGCUUUUACCAUUGUUAUGAUACUGAACAUAACUCGGUUAUGUAUGAUGAGCAGCCAUCUGAAGAAAACAGAGAAAGCCAUCAAUGAAUUCUUCAGAACAGAAGGGGCAGAGAAACUCCAGAAAGCUUUUGAGAUUGCAAAGCGUAUCCCAAUUAUCACUUCAGCCAAAACACUCGAGCUUGCCAAAGUAACCCAGUUCAAGACCAUGGAAUUUGCUCGCUAUAUUGAAGAGCUUGCUCGGAGCGUACCUUUGCCACCUCUCAUCAUGAACUGCAGGACUAUAAUGGAAGAAAUUAUGGAGGUUGUGGGUUUGGAGGAGCAAGGACAGAAUUUUGUACGGCAGACAGCAGAAGGCCAGGAGACCACUGAGACAGAUGAGCUGUAUAUGAUCCCGAAUGCUUUGAAGCGCAGUGACUCUCCUACAGCAGACUCUGACGCAUCGUCACUGCAUGAACCACCUCAACAGAUUGCAAUAAAAGUGUCAAUUCACCCAUUGUCCAAGAGGGACUGUGUGGACGGUCAGUCAGAAGAAAGCUUGCAAUUGGACACCAAGGAAGAAGACACUGCUCAAACACCAGCACUUCCUGCAGACCACCCCCCUGAGCCUUCUGCCGAACUCAGUUCCGAUGACACAGCAUUGGCAAAUGACACAAACACAUGCGUUAUAUAUGAAAGCCAUGUAUGAUAGUUACUCCUGAAUCUAUGCAUAGCAGGAAAAUCAGGUGGAGCUCUUUUAAAAACACAUAUUGUACUUGCCGCUAAGCCUUACCUGGAGACUAUCAUAGCAAAAGCAUGUAUGUGGAUUAUUCGGCACUUUCUUCUCAGUUUGACUUUAGUUUGCCAUGAUAUGUGGCAGAGUAAAUGCUAUUACAUUAAUAUUAAUUGCUCUUUUCGAUUAGGAGUAUUUCCAAGAAACAUUUACCUCAGCAUUUUCUAGUUUGGAGUCACCUGUGGUGGCCUCCUGGAAGUCAUUGGUAGUCUUUGAUGUAGGACACUUGAACUUAUAAAACUGGUGUUCAUUUUCCUCCACUCUCAUUAUUUCCAUCUGUUGCAUUUUUGCAAAUAUUAUCUUGUGAAUUUGAAAUACUGCCCAAGAGGCAGCACUCCAGUAGCCAAAUAAAAUCCUAAUAGAUCCCAUUUACAAAGCCUGUUUGCUCAGCUGCAUUGUGAUUUAGAGGGCUAUUAAAGAAAGUUAAAAUGUUUCAAUUUCAUUUGAGACCACACUGCUUAGGCACAAGGGAAAUAGUUUCCCCUUUUCCAUGGACUGAAGAUGCCAACAUUUUUUUUUUCACAUCGAGAAACAACUUUGAGGUGUAUUUUACAGGUGGGAAAGCCCAUAAACAUCUUACAGAAAGUUGCAGUCACAACAGCUCUGCGCCUUUUUUUUUUAAUAUAUAUUUGACCAUUUUUUACUUUGCCAGGAGUUUAUGCAGAAAACAGCUACAAAUAUGCAAGAUAUCUUGUUUUGUAGUAAUUUGGCAGGAGUAAGUUAUGUACUAGCUUACCAGAAGAUACACAGGUUCCUUAACAGUCCUGCAAACGCCAAUAAUAAGCUGAUGACAAGGCUGAAAUGGCAGAAGCCUCUUUAAUUGGGAUUCUCAAUUUUGUGCAAAUUCAUAGUCUGAAGAUCAAGCCUCAGUUCAUCUAUAAGCGUAAGUUUGAGGUGUUUUAUCCAAACUAUUAAAAAAAAUCAAGCAUCCUGUGAAAUUACAAUGACCAUCAUGCGAAGUUUAUUGUGGUAUAAUUGCUUUGGUAUUUUAAGAACCUCCUACCUAUGUAAGAUGUUCACUGCUUGAGUACACGUGACUCUACCCCAGUAAAGCUUUAAUGAUCACAGUGAUAGUGGCAUUAAAAAGGAUCAGCGGUUAUGCCAGGAAGUGCCAGGAGUGGACGGGAAAUGACAAUUUUUAUUGCAGACAGACAAUAAAAAGGACCUUCUCUAGAGUGAGUCUGGAGAGAAAGCACUUAAAAGGAAGAGUUUGUGUAGGAUUAAUAGCAUAUUUCUUAAUUAUCUGAUAUACAUUUAAUUUGGAACUAAUGAACAAACUAUCACCUGAUAGGUUUUAAGGACUGUAGUGUAAGUAUGUCUACUCAAAAUAAAUCUGGAAUCUGCUAUAUUGCAGAAAAAGAAGUCACUUGGGUCUAUGGGGAGAUGAUGCAUGAAUGGCUCUCUUGACAUUUUGUUGAAGUACCUACAUCUACAUAAGGUGUCCUUUGGAGAAAAUCACUAAAUUAACUGCACAGGUAAUUGAGACCAAAGAGAGUCAGUGUUGCAGCUAUCUAAAAAAAAAACCUCGAUAAUGAACUGAGGUUUUAUGUGAACUUCUUUGUCUUAAACUGCAGAGUUUCACUAGUGGUGUAAUACAGGAACACCCGGUGACUUACGUAGGUGAUGCAGGGAAGGCUCCGUAUUUACCUUUCUGUGGUUAUUAAAUAAAAGGUACAUGUUUAAUAACGGACUUCAGAUUUUCUGACCAACUUAUGAAAAUGACAACAUUUAGUUGCCUAAUGUAUGUUUGUGCUCACCACAGUGGCAAGCACCUCUGUAAAAUACACACAUUUGCACAUGCCCAAAAGGAAACAUGCAUGGGCAAAGUCCCUUUCGGAAUGUGGCUGGAAAUACUUUAGUUCCAGUGAAGCAAUAUAAAUCUAGAAGACAGGGUAGAUUAAGAGAAUACCAUACAGAACCUCACUUCUGACCAGUGUGAUUGCAAAUACUACUGAUGUAAACUGUUAACAACUUCUUCUGAGUCCAAAGUACAUUUCUGUUUAGUGUUCACAUCAGUUUUUCAAGUCAUUUAAUUUGCUUCUGGUAUGAAAAAGGAGGACAUGAGAAACAAAAGCAGGAACUUGCACUGAAUUAUUUUAAUUCACCUUAGCCUCCUGAAAAGAGACAUCUUGAUUUUUCUGCCUGUCCGGCAUUUACAAACUGCUUAUGCAUUACCUGCCUGGUGCCCAACUAAGAUUGCACAGAUAAGCAAGGAUGUUCUCCUUGAAAGCAUAAAAAUAGCUUUAAAAUUACACUUUACUUUUUAAAAUAUAUGUUUCAUAAUUAUUUAUUAAACUACAGUAUUUUAAUUGCUUUUUAAUUAUGAAGUUUUUACUAUAGAGACCAGACUCCUUCAUGUAUUCAUAUGGUGAUGGGUACCACACAGUUCUGAUCCUGACUACUACCCUCUGGCUGUUCUCUGGCCUGUUUGUUAUUUAUUUAUUGAGAAAUAUUUGAGAGCGAACAAUUCCCCUGGUUUUCUUCAGUAUCUCUGUGUGAACUUCCUUGAAGAUACAGACUGUGUUUUUUAUCAAAGGUUGCUCACGAAGAGCAGGUAUUUGAAGUACACACAAGGGUACAUUACAAACCACAUGUGAGAAACAGUUUUUUGGAUUAGAUGCAUAUAAUAGCGGUAAGUGCUGAAUUCCAGCUGUCACAAGGUCAAAGGGAACCUUGGCUUUGCUGGAGCUGGACUCGCUGGGAGCUGAGAGUUCGCAGAUAGGACUGGUCCAGCUAGUCUGCCACAAAGUCUUUGGAUGUGUAGCUUUGUGGUACUGUCAGAAAGACAAGAGAAUAGCACUGGAUCUGAAGAAAACACAGAUUAUAAUCGUUCUGGUUUAUGUAUUUUUUCUGUUUUCAUGUAUGCUGCUCAGUAUCUUUGUGCAUCCAUUAUAUAACACUUGCAAGCUUAAAGCUGUUUACACGCUCUCAGGCACUUAUUUUGUGGAAGAUAGAUGGGAAGCAAGAUCCAAACCCAUCUUUCCUGUUGCAAACUUUCUGGCUAUGCUGUUUUAAAGUAAACAAUUCUGUCUUAGAGUAUUUCUUGUGAAAUGGCUGGUUUAUGGUGCAAGAACACAAUUGAGAAAUAUAAAAUGGCUGUAAGAAAACAUGAACAUUUGCAUUGUUAUGUAUUUUCAUGCACCUUAAGCACUUCAGGGACAUCAGAGUGAUCUGUUCCCAUAUGUGGACUAUGCACACCUUUUAUUACAUCAUUCUAUUUAUUGUAUCACUAAACACCAAUGGUUCUUAGAACACUCAGAAUCUGGAAGGUCCAGUCCAACUAAAUUUGCCUUCUAACAGUAUAAGGAACACCAAGCCAGGCUUAGAAAGGAAAAGAGAUUUGCAGGAUAUAUUUACACUAUUUUAAAAUAUUUUUGCUAGAACUUUGUGAAAUGUGACUAACUUUCUGCAGCACAAGAAAUCAGUGUUGGAUUUGAAUUUUACACUUACUGUUAUUUUUGCACUACAUGUAAGACCAUAUUAAUCAGACCACUUGAAUACAGUACUCAUUAUUUAUUUAUUCAACAUUUUCUUUUUGAGCAGCAUAUAUUUACUGCUGAUCUUUUUUUGUUCUCUGAUUUGUGGAUGCUCGUGAUGAAACCUACCCUUCAGUCAUUUUUUGAGAUUGUCUUUUUAAAAAUUUAAAGGAACCCAUAGUUCAGCAUUUUAAUUUAGGUUUAUUGGUGUUAGGUGAGGUGUAGCAGCUCAGGCCUGUGCUUAAAAUUUCUGUAUAAUCAUAAGACUUGCAGAAUUACAUAUAUGGGCAGAUGGUUUUUUUUUAAAUCAGUGCCUGUUUUAUUCUAGUGUUCGUACUAUGUCAGUUCUUCUACUUGCAGUUACCUUUUGACAAAAGUACUGUAACAUAUAACCAGGGCUUUCUGAUGUUCAGUUUGGUUCAGAUCAACUAAUUCUGGAAAGUGUUAACAGUGUAGAGUUUUAAAAGUUCUCAUGGAAUAUCUUGGCAGCAUGCUGCUUUAGGAGUUGGGCUCCUAAGUAUGCCAUACUUAGUGGGACAACUGAAAGCUUCUUAGAUGCAAAGGAAAUGCUUGCACUAAAGUAUCUUAAGUUAUAUUUCAUUUAUUAUGAAAUCCUUUUUGAUUUUACAAGAAAUGUAAGACAAAUAUGAAUGUGGGGUUUUUUUGAGAAGCAGCUACUGUAUUUUGAUUUAAAUAACUGUCAUGAUUUUAUAGUUCACAGCCGUAAACCACAAAGAGACCAGUUCAUGCUGAAGUGGCAAAAUGAAAUGUGAUCCAGCUUGUAAAUUGAUCAUUGUUUCAAUAAAGAAUUUGCACAAAGUA